AGGUCCCUGGCCCACGUUCACCACCUGUUGGUGCAAAACCUCCCCUGGCUACGACCGGGGGUAAUUACUGCGGCGCUUGCAUAUUUGGUGGCACCAAAGAAAACUUCUCGGAGAUCGGCUGACACAGAAGUUUCCGGUUGUUGUGCCCAUAACACCAGAGUGCAGCGGAAUGUUCCUUGGUGUUUUCAAGGGCUUAGUAGUGUACUAUGCUGGCCACCGUGCACACUGCGUAUUUCCGACUCCUGUCUUAUUGGGGGGGGGGCGCGGAUCGUGGUGCAUCGUGCUGCUAACCGUGCAGCUGACACCAGGUUGGUCCUCUGUCGUAGGAACCAUCACUAGACACCUACCCACGGUGAGUUCCGGAAACUCGCUCGUGUAUUGCUUCCGUUAUCCGCAGCUUUGUUGCCCAGGAAAUGGGCUAGUACAAUAGCAACAAUAUAGUAACCGACCUGAGGCUCAGGAACCCAGCAUGCCCUAAUUUAUUAUCUAUAUGAACAAAUUAGCGGGCUUGGCUCA